UCUAUGUAGCCUAUAUCUACUAGCUAUAGCUACUUACAGCUCACGUUACCGUUUCGCCAAUAUAGCCUUUUAUGUAGGCACGGUAGUUUAGCGAACCACGCGCGUCGAAACACGCGUUCGCAAUUUUACUUCGCGAAUAUAAUUUUGAAUUUCGAAUCAUGUUUAUUAUUGUCUAUGAUUAUUUCCACCAUUUCAGUUCAGUAACCUGAACAUUGUCAACAUUGGAUAACAAAGUUAUACAAUGUUCUACUUUUAAAAUGAACAUUGUUUUAAUUGACUUUGUAAUGUAGUAUUGUAUGAAAGUGAUUCAAAUGUCCGAGCCUAGCCCGUGCUCUAAUCCCUAUUUAUCUAUUUAGUGUACGUCAUAUUCAGCAAUGUACACACGCAUCGUCGAUAACGAUGCGAUAAAAAGAAUCUUAUCAUUAUCACUCCACCUCGAUAAAGCUAAACGUGUAGUUGUCAGUGCGGUACAAUAAAAAAAAACAAAAUGCGCGCGUUAAAGUUUCUGGCGUUAUUUUUUUUAAUUAUCAACCCUAUCGCGGCACAGGAGCAAGAGGCUUCUGGAGAAGUUUACAGAUUAAUAAAAUUGUGUUCGUAUUGUACGUGUAGUGAAAUACCAGAUGUUGAUGGAACUCAUUUGGUGUUGAACAUUCAGUGCUCCGAAUUGGAUAGGAUAGAAAACUUCGCCGAUUUGGAUAAAAUCGAGUGGCCUGAAAAUCCUAAUGGACUGAAGAUAGCUGCGGCCUUCGAAGGGUUGGGACUUACCACUUUAGGCAAGUUACCGCCCAACUCUCAAGUGGAAACUCUCCGGUUCAGUAACAACGCCAUCAAGACGUACUGGCCGGAUCCGUUCAACGACGUCCCAAACCUGAAGCGGCUCUCCUUCACACAAAACGAACUGGCCGAGCUUACGCCAGACUUGUUCACGAAAGUACACGCUUUAGAGGAACUGGAUUUAUCCUUCAACAAAAUCGGGGAUUUGAAUCCAUUGGAUUUCAAACAUUUGCAUCAUGUUAAAAGGUUAAACCUCCAAAGUAAUUUGCUAAAGAAGAUACCAGUAGAGGCACUGCAGCCCUUAGCGUUAUUGGAAGAUCUGGAUCUUAGUAAGAAUGGAAUACAUGAUUUACUAUUAAGGAGAACUGAGAGCACUACUCUGAAGGGGAUCAAGAGGUUAAAUUUAAGCGGCAACCGCAUUCGGUCGAUAGUGAAAGACUCAUUUCCUGAAGAAAAUAAUAUUGAGCUUCUGGAUUUAUCUAACAACAUAAUUGAGGUGGUCGAGGAAGACUCGCUGUUGUCUUGCACGAGUUUGAGGGAACUGAACCUUGCGCAGAACAACAUAACGUUCACAUUCGCGCUGCCACCGACACUGCAGAUCGCCAUAUUGAAGAUAAACACUCUUUACCACUGGCCCAAGUUCCCCAGUGGGAUCACGUUUGUAGAUUUGUCUUACAACAGAUUGUCCGCUUUGUAUGACGAGGAUAAUGUGGAGUUUGAAAACUUGGAGAUUCUCAACAUAGGAGGUAACCAAAUAAAAGACUUCGACAUCCAGAAGAAACUUCCAAAACUAUAUAGUUUGGAUCUAUCAUACAAUUUGCUAGCAGAUGUGCCAAAGAGUUUAAGCAGCCAAACCUUUCCUAAAUUAGAGGAACUAAGGCUCGAUGGGAACCCAAUAGAGAGCAUUUACUUUAAGAAUAUUAUUGCUUUGAAGAAUUUGUACAUGAAUGAUCUAAAUAAACUAACUGUGGUGGAAGAUAAGGCUUUCAGUAAUGUGAUUGGUAGAGCAGGAGAUGAGAGUUUGUUUGAGCAGAGCUGUUUUUCUCUAUUUCUAUCUAAUUGUGGUUCUCUGAUGAGUAUACAGGAGGGGGCUUUUGAUGCGACUACUUUGUGUAUGUUGGACAUUAGCAAAAACAACUUAACAAAAUUAUCGAGGACCCUACUGGACUGGAAGUCACUGACAGAAGGCGCCAACCUGCAGCACAACCCGUGGCACUGCUCCUGCGAGCUGCAGUGGAUGUUAGACGACCUGCUGCCGCAAAUGUACCGCGCUAACUCGAGGCUACUGUCAGAGUUGAGAUGUGGGUCUCCGCGCGCAUACGAGGGUCUGCGCUUGGUGCACUGGUACAACUGGACCGAGCAGGCGAUGUGUAGCGACGACCUGAGCAUGCGGUCCGGGCCGUAUGGGACAUAUAUGAUGGAAGAAUCGAGGGAGGGUCUUUCAAAAGUGACCUCUCUCACUCUAAUACUGGGCGGUUGCAUCAUACUCGCGCUGCUCGUUGCGAUCGCGCUAGUUGUGUACCUCGUGAAGACGCGCCGGCGGCACCGCGUGCGGCAGGCCGCAUUGAACCGCAAGCGACAGAGCGCGGCGGACGCUAAGAACAGCAACGGAACGCAGAAAGAACAGUUCUCUGCUUUGAAUAAAGCGUAAAAAAUAAAAAAAAUAAAAAUUAUUCGAAAAGUUUAGUAAAAUCCACGCAUAGUUUACCGUUUUUGUAAUUCUUUUUGACAAAAAAGACACAAAAUGAGAUUUUCAAUCAAUUCCCUAAUUAAUAUAUUUUUAUAUUUAUUAAGGAAUUUACUCCUUAAGAGUCGAUUUUUUAUAUAUAGCUCCGGUUAUGAAAAAAAUAUGGGCAGUAAAAUUCGAUGAACGAAUGACAGCGUUACGUUUAUGUGCGCAACCUAUUCCGCGCACCUUUCACUUUUCAGGCGUAACAAUUGAGACGUACAUAGUGUAUGCUGCGGUUCAACAUACACCUAUUUAGACAGUCGAUCUGAAGGAGUAAACUCCAUUCGUGCGGAGCUGACACACACUUUUUUAUUAUUGUUUGGACACAAAACUAAAUAAUUAUGUUUAUUCACCGUCAGUAUUAAUUAUAUUAUUUUAAUUUUUAUAUUGAUGUGAAACAUUAGACCAUUGCUUAGCUAGUCAAACUGUUUAUUUACAAAAAAAAAAAAACAAAAUGUUUUGAAAAAACCCAAUGCAUUUGCAUGACCGCUUUUUUCAUUGUCCUAUUGUAAAUAUAAUGUUUUAUUAUUAAGUCUAACAUGUAUAAUAAUAAUUUAUAUUAAUUUAGUUUUAUAUGUAAGUAAUAAAUAAUAAUUAAACUACAAAUAUCGAAAUUCAAUAUGUUACAUUUUAAGUGUACCUAGCUUAGUCUAAGCAUAUACCUGAAAAGUUACGACUAAAUUUUCUAUCAAUAAAUAUUAAAUAUAAAAAAAAUAUAUUACGAAAGAAAUACAAAUUAACUAGUUUAUGUAUGUGAUGUAUAGACAUUAGAUAGGUAGGACCCAAAACUAAAAUUGAAGAGUCUGUGAACUUCGUAUAAUCUAAACUAUUGAAAGUAAUUCUCAGUGAAAGUAUUGACCAUAUAAAAAUAUCAUGUAUUUAACUGCUGUUACUCUAAUGGGCCACAGACCCUGCGCAGUUUUAACUGUACAGUUUCAAUAGAAUUUUCAAUCAAAAACAUUAGAAAAAACCGUACAAACAAACUGUACAGUACCGUUUUGCCUACACUCACCUUUUUAACUGAGCAGUGUGCCUAGUGGGAGUUUUCAAUGUUUUCAUACUGUACUGUUACUAUCGCGUUAACGUAAAUGCGAAUUUAUAUGGAAUUGAAACAGUUGUGCAGUAGUGCCACUAGAUGGCGCUGUUUCAAUUCUUUAGAAAUUCGCGUUUAAGUUAACGUGAUCGUCACAGUAUCAAACUGCAACUAGGCCCUCAGUUUGAUUACAGUCGAAGUUAAAACAGUUGAAGUUAAAACUUCAGAUCUGUAGCCCGAAAAAAAAACCAAUUCAAAUCGAUUAAAUGAC